UAUCAAUAAAAGCUCAAGAGUUAUUUCAUGUAAUGGAAAAAUUGAAAGAUAUUAUUAAAAACACGACUGAUCUGGAGAGCGUUGUCCAUUUAAAACGUCUGGUUCGGUUUCUUGAACAAGAAUUUAAGCAAACUAUAAAAGCUCGUGAAGUAAUGAUUGCACAUAAAAAAGUUUCGUAUGAUAUGUUAUGGGUGUUCUAUACUGAAAAAUUGGAAGUGUGGUAUAGGUGCGCAUUGUCUGGUCAGCAGAUUGGAGGUAUCAUUUCCUCAGUAGAAGAGAAAGUAUUACGUACUGGCAAAAAAAUAUUUAAGAUACAUAUGAAUGUGAUCAAAUAUGAUGGCGUUGGAUUUAAACGCUGCCAAAUCGAGCGCAUUAUCGAAUAUUUCAAUGGUGAUGUGAGCUUUUCUGAUUUACCUGUUGUUCCAAUUAAGCUUUCGACUGCCGAAGAGUUUCUCAAGGAAAACAUAAUCGCAAAUG